CGGCGGCAGCCGCUUGGGAGGAGGUGAGGAGGGAGGGAUCUGCUAGAUCUCGCCAGGAAUCGGUGUCGAGCGGGCGCGUAGAGCCUCCCUGCCUCUCCCUCCGUUUAUCUUUUCGGCGGAUCCACACGGAGGGACCUCCUCCCUUGAAUGCGCGGGGUCCGGCCGCUCCGGCGCCAGACAGGACCUCUCGCUGUCGCCUCUUCUCUUCUCCACGAGUCCGUGCCAGGAAGAUCCACCCGCUCUUUUCCCCCACCCUCGGCCCCUCCCACUCUUGCUUCCUCCUCCUCGCCCCAUGCAGGGAGGGCGGCCCGGGACUCCCAUCGCCGCCGCCGCCGCCUCCUCCUCCUUUCCCCUCCGCUGGGCUGCCAGGAGGCUGGGUACUUUAGCCAUGCCCCUAGCGGGGGCUCUCUGGGACUCAUCCCUCCGGUAGCGCGCUUCCCCGCUUCAGAGUGGCAGGAAAAAGGUGCCUGCCAGCUUCUACGGCCGGCCGGCUGGCUGGCUGCUGCUUCUUUUCGAAAGCCGGAAAGGACUCCCCUCUCCCGCUGCCGCCCGCUUUCUUCAAAUUAACGAUGAGACGACUGAGUCGAAGGCUGGUUUUGUCUAUUUUGGGGAUCCUGUGGAUCGCGGCUCUCCUCCUUUUCUUCGGGACCAGAAAGAAGUUGGAAGCGGGACCCGAAGGGCAGACACCAAAGGGCUCUGACAUUGAUUGGGAUGACCUCUGGGAUCAGUUUGAAGAAAGAAAGUACCUGAGUGCCCGCAAGUGGAAGGGUGGAGAGGACCCAUAUCGACUCUAUGCCUUCAACCAGCGGGAGAGUGAGAGGAUUCCCAGUGACCGUGCCAUCCGUGACACUCGGCACCACAGAUGCACUACCUUGCACUAUCGUACGGAUCUGCCAGCAACCAGCAUCAUCAUCACUUUUCAUAAUGAAGCCAGGUCCACACUACUAAGGACAAUAAGAAGUGUUCUGAAUCGUACUCCUGUGCAUCUUGUCCAUGAAAUCAUAUUGGUGGACGACUUCAGUGAUGAUCCGGAUGAUUGCCGUUUGCUGAUCAAGCUGCCCAAGGUGAAAUGCUUACGCAACAGACAAAGAGAAGGUUUGAUCCGGUCUCGCAUUCGUGGAGCAGAUGUGGCUCAGGCAGGAGUCCUGACCUUCCUAGACAGUCACUGUGAGGUGAACAAGGAUUGGUUGCUGCCGCUCCUACAAAGGAUCAAAGAGGAUCCAACCCAUGUGGUGAGUCCAGUUAUUGAUAUCAUCAACUUGGACACGUUUGCUUAUGUGGCAGCUUCUUCAGACCUGAGAGGAGGGUUUGACUGGAGCCUCCAUUUUAAAUGGGAACAACUUUCUGCAGAGCACAAGGCAAAGCGAACAAACCCCACAGAGCCCAUCAAAACUCCUAUAAUUGCAGGGGGUCUUUUUGUGAUUGACAAGACCUGGUUCAAUCAUCUUGGGAAAUAUGACCCUGCUAUGGACAUCUGGGGUGGAGAGAACUUUGAAAUCUCAUUCCGGGUGUGGAUGUGUGGCGGAAGCUUGGAAAUCAUCCCCUGCAGUCGGGUUGGGCAUGUCUUCCGGAAGAAGCACCCCUAUGUCUUCCCAGAGGGAAAUGCCAACACUUAUAUAAAAAACACCAAGCGCACAGCUGAAGUGUGGAUGGAUGAAUAUAAGCAGUACUAUUAUGCUGCCCGGCCUGCGGCUCAAGGGAGGCCAUAUGGAGACAUCAAGAGUAGAGUGGAACUGAGAAAGGCCUUGAAAUGUCACAACUUCAAGUGGUAUCUGGAAAAUGUCUAUCCAGAACUUAGAAUUCCUGAGGAAUCACUCUACCAAACUGGGAUGAUACGACAGAGACAGAGAUGUCUAGAGACCCAGAAGUCCGAAAGACAGGAAUUCCCAAUUGUGAUCUUAAAUCCCUGCAUCACCAGCAAAGGCACAGCAGCAGUGGCACAGGAAUGGACAUAUACUUACAACCAGCAAGUCCGUCACCAGAAGCUGUGCUUGUCCAUACAGACCCUUUUCCCAGGUUCCCAGGUAGUGCUCUUACCUUGCAAAGAAGGGGAUGGCAAGCAGCGAUGGAACAAAGUUGGUUCUCACAUUGAGCACAUGGCCACCCGUUACUGCCUGGACACGGAAAUGGUGGGAGACACCAACGAGAACAUGAGAGAGGUCGUUAUUAAUCCUUGCGAGAGCACAGCCAUGAGCCAGCGGUGGGAGAUGGUGAUGUCUUGACCACAUCUGGCAAUGCGCUAACCGACUCAGCCAGGAGGAGCAUUGUCAGGAACAGCCAAGGCUGUUCUCCAAGCUUGGGGUGGGGUGGGGCUUGCCUCAGAGUGGGGCAGAAGCCAAAGAAUAAGGACAUACAACUGUGCUUUGGUUGAAAAAAGCACAUAAGUGCUGGCUCUGAGAGCCACAGCCGUAAUCAUGCCCAGCAAGGCCAUACAUCCAUAGUUAAGAACUGCACAACUCAGUCUGGGAAGACCUUUCAGCAACCCUCAUCUGUAAUUGAAGCAGAAGAAGAUCCUCUUCUCGUUUUUGAGAAUGGAGCCUGCUUAAGUUGGUAAAUGUGGAAGUGAUUGUCCCCAUUGCCAAGGUGAGAGGAAAAUGUCGUAAAAUAAGUGGGAGAGCAACUUCAGGCAGGAGAACGGUGGGGAAGGGAGAAACCAAGUCUUACAGGAGCACAGAAUGGGACGUGCUGGGAAUGAGCAGCAAAGGCCAACCAAUCUUGCACUUUUGAUUUAUGUAACUGAGCACAUCUCUGGACGGAUGCUGGAGCUAAGCUAUAUUGCACAUGAUAAUUUGUAUUGAUCCAUGUAGUUGUGUACUAGAUACUGUAUAUGACUGUAGGGUGAAAGUGAGAAAAUGACUGUGGUGUGUGUGUGUGUGUGUGUGUGUGUGAGAGAGAGAGAGAGAGAGAGAGUGACUCUGUGUUGCUGUCUGAGAAGUGUGGUCAAGUUCUGAUAACGGGUGUGUACAAGAAAGGGAAAUGUUUACACCACACUGUCUAAUACACAAGGUCCCUCCAGGAUUCGGGACAACCCUGGGCCAGAGAUCAUUAGUCCCCCCACAGCUGAUAAUGGGUGGCAAGGGACAGAGGGGGCACUCUCACUUUGCACAGAGCCCCAUGCCCAGUCCUCCUCCUUGCCAGUGCUUGAAGUGGAAUGGUUUGAUUUCAAACUAGGCCAGACUCAGUCAGGCCCAUUGAAAAUAAGUAGAAUGGUUUUAAGUCCGCCUGAGAAGAGGUGGGAUCAUAUCCCACCCACUUUGAGCACUGUCCCUCACACUCCUCUAGAGUUGAGAUGCAGGGGGAUCUGGCGGGGGGGGGGAUACUUACACUGCCACUGAUUUUCCCACUGCCCUGUGCAAAGAAAGAAUGGCAGCACCCUCCACUUGAUGAUCCCAUUAGCAAGCAGCCUGACUUGCCAACUUAUAGCACUGACUAUGUUGCUGUCCUGUUGGAACUCUCUGUCCUACAACUACACCAUUAAGAUUGAAGAUAUGAGGUGACUAUGACAGGGUACCAAAUAUAGUGGCUCACCUACUGCGCAGCCCACCAUCAGUCUAAGGGAGAUGCGUCCUUGUAGUGGCAUUCUAGUCAAAAAGACACCACCGCUGCUUGCACAUGUGCAGCAGCCUCCGAGGCUCCUGGCUUCAUCAUUGCCGGUGAAGCAGAGCUCCCAUGAUUCCCCUCUCCCUUAGACCAUUGGUGGACUGUGCAGUACUUGAACCAGGUUUCCAGAUAAUUGAAAAUGGCCGAGGUAGAGCUAGUGUUGCCUGUAGUUCUAGGCCAUUUUUUCAGUACCAUUGUAGUCUCUGGUUAACUUUUUGAAGCACAAAAAAUGGUACAAAUGUUUGCCCAGACACCAUAGCAGCAUAGAAAAAUGAAUGUAUUGUACCUAUCAAUGAAGAGAUCUGAUUCUGGCAUUACCUGGUCUCCUGGUCCGGAGUAUGGACUUGAACAGUCUGAAAUAUGUAAGCAGCAUUCCAAACCCAUAUCGCAAUUUAAAAUCCGUCUAGUACCAGAUGUCUGGGGAAAUAGCCCAAUUAUGAAUCAGACUUGGGUUCACUGCUGUAGGCAAUGCCAGCUUUAUCCUACCAUGAUCUACUCACUGAUCAAUGAGAUCCAGCCCAUGUGUGUUGUGCGAGAUUGACAGUCAUGAUUACUAUACGAGAGGGCUGAUAACACUGUUCCUUUCCCUGUCUCAAGGGAUCUCAGAUGAACCUAAAAUCACCUGGUGAUCUUCUGUAACUGUAAUGUGUACUCUCACUAUUUAAAAACCUUGGAAUAGGGGGAAUUUUGACAUACAGCAUAAAAGUAAUAUUUUGCUAUUUGAA